AUGUUUCAACUUUGGAGACUUGUUCUCUUGUGUGGCCUGCUCACUGGGACUUCAGCAUCUCUUCUUGACAACAGUGCUGUGACAGAGCUGCAAUCUGCUCUUAGAAAAGAACUUGAGAUUGAUGACAGUGCAUCUAAAUCUGUCCUUGAUCAAGUGAAGGCUGACUUUGAGUUGUCCCAGAAUUUCACAAGUUUGGAGAAAGUAAUUACUGAGAAGAUCCAGGAAGAUAAGAUCUUGUUGGACAAGAACAUUACUGAAAAUAUUCACUUGUCAGGAAAACCAUUUGUCGGGUGUUUAUGGUUGACAAUCAGGAGCAUCAACAUCGGGAAUAUCAAACUCCAAGGGACUUCUGGAGGCCCAAGCAUUAACCUGAGUAUCCCCAUCACUGCCAAGGUCACCCUGACCCUGCCUCUGUUUGGUGCGGUUGUUGACCUGACCCUCAACUUUGUCCUACAGACAAGCAUCAGCUUUAAAAUUCAUGAAUCUGGUACCUUAAUGGUGGUCAUAGGAGAAUGCACCUACAGACCAGCCAGGAUAUCACUCCCCUUCGUGAACAGUUCCAUCUCCAGCCUCACUGUACCAAGCAGUAAUAUCGGACAGACUGUGACCACACUCGUGAAUCUGGUGGAGACCUACCUAGUGAAGGAGGUGCUGUGCCCACGAAUCCGCACCAUCAUCAGCUCCUCGAAUGCGAAUUUGGUUAAGAACCUCAAAGAAACACUUCAGGAAACUGCAAAAGAAACUGUAAACUGA